AUGGAGAUGAAGAAGAUUGCUUGCGGUGUGCUUUUCGCUGCUGCCUCCAUGACCGCCGUUAUGGCCCUGGAUAUUAACAACGCUAUGGCGCCCGUGGACAUGGAAGCUCCGGCACCGGCACCGGCCGCAUCUGCAGCCUCGGUUGCAUUGCCGGCUCUUGGCUCAUUGGUUGGAGCUUCCCUUGUGUCCCUCUUCAGCUACUACUUGCACUAA